AUGGAGAGCGAAAGAGGACCUCUUCGAAAGCGUGUCCAGAAUCGUUUAAAGCAACUUUUGCGUCGCGCACCACUACCAAAACGCUUUCGUCGCAGUCAUGCUGGUCAUGACACAAACACCACCAAUGAUAAUAAUAACGAGCAUCACAAUAUUGCGAGUCGCUCAAUGCAACAUGAGACGCAUCAUCCUUCUUCUCCUAAAGAGAACAAAAAGAAAAAGCGCUUAUCUACUACUACACGCCAAAUGACUGACCGAAUCGUCGGAUUACACAAUAAGAUCUUGAGACGCAAAAGCACAACCAAGGCACAGUCACCAACAUCAUCACAACCAGGACAUCACCAUGACAGUAAAGAAAUACAACAAAGAACGACAACAACUCCACCACAACCACAACCACCAACGCAGCAUGAAGAAGAGCUGGAAGAUGACGAUGAUGAUGACGAUGAUGGUUUGGAAGAGAUGAAACAAACGCUGUGCGGUUGUGGACGUCCUCUUAAAGCGGGGUGGUUUUGUUCCAACUGCCGAUUGGUAUGUCCCACUUGUCAUCGUGCACUUGGACAAGGUGAACAAUGUAGUCGCUGCCAAAUUGAUACCAGUGGCGAUGGUGGUGGCAAUGAUGGCAAAGCUACAACCAAUACUACUACUACGGCCACUACUCCCAAUCCCACUUCUGCUGCUGGUACAGCCCCUUCAUCAUCUACAAGCCACUAA